AUGGACCCUCUCAGCAUUACUGCCAGCGUCAUCGCUAUCAUCCAGCUAUCAUCCGAGGUCGUCGGGUUCAUCGGAAGCGCCGCCGGGGCGUCAAAGACGCGAAGACUCCUCCGCGAGGAAAUCCAAGCCUGCGAUAAGAUUCUUCAGGACAUCAAGGACGAGGCGGAUGAUUCAGAAGAAGGAAAGGCAUGGUCGGAGAAGAUCAGAGUCCUCGAGUAUCCAGAUGGUCCACUUAGUCGGCUCUCGAUCGCGUUGAGGCUGGUCAAAGCCAAACUCGAGCCUAAGGACGGUCAGAAGAAGGUACUCACAGCCUUGAAAUGGCCAUUCGAAGAGAAGGAAGUUCAAAAGAUCAUCGACGCAAUCGAGCGCGAGAAGAAGCUGCUACUUUUGGCUCUGGAGAACAACCAUCGAAAACUGGUCCAAAGCAUUCAGAGGUCUGCCAAGGACCACCAGAAGCAGCUGCUUGAGUUGAUCGAAGCUGUUAAGGACGGCUCCAAGAAGAGCCAGGAUAGCCUUGCGAAGCUGGGCGAUGAGAUCACACAGGUCGUGGUUUCACAAGAUGAUUUGAAGGAUGGCAUCGAUCGUCUGCGUCUUCAUGAUGAUCAUCGAGAAGCGACCGAAGCGUAUCAGGAAAUCUUAGAGUGGCUCACACCGGUCGACUAUGCUGCUCAGCACAGCGACUUCAUCAAUCGACAACAACAAGGAACAGGCGGUUGGCUUAUUGAUUCAGAGGAAUACCGCACGUGGGUACAAACGCCCAAGACGACGCUGUUCUGUCCUGGGAUUCCUGGAGCAGGAAAGACUAUCCUCACCGCAAUUACCAUCGAUGAUCUAUUUGAACGGUUUCAGGGAUCCGAAGAUACUGCUAUUGCAUAUGUCUACUGCAACUUCAGGCAGCAAAACGAACAGACCGUCGACAACAUGCUUGCAAGCCUCCUGAAGCAGCUGAGUGAGAAGAGAGCAUCCCCGCCAGCUAGCUUGACUGCUCUCUAUGAACAGCACAAGGCCAAACACACGCGGCCAUCAUUCGAUGAGAUAUCGAAGACGCUGCAGGUCGUCACUGCUAUAUAUUCCAGGGUUUUUGUUGUAAUCAACACCUUAGACAAGACUAGUGUGGUUGACGGCUGCCAGACGAGACUCCUGACAGAACUUUUCAAAGUUCAAGCGAGCUCGGAGGCCAACGUUUUUGUUACAUCAAGGCACAUCCCUAAUAUCACUAGCGAGUUCAACAAAAGGGCCGGAUGCACCUCAUUAGAGAUUCACGCGAGAGAGGAAGACAUGAGGCGAUAUCUUGAUAGCCACAUCGACCGGCUUCCAAGCUUUGCGCGCAACAAUUCAUUGCUACAGGAAGAGAUCCUAAGUAAAAUUGUCCAGUCGGUACAGGGGAUGUUCCUUCUCGCCCAGCUCUACCUCAAGUCCUUAGGGGGCAAAAGGUCUCCAAAGGCCGUCCGCACAGCAUUAGCAAACCUGCCCUCAGGCUCAGGAGCAAAGGCAUACGACUUUGCGUAUCAGGAUGCAAUGGCACGGAUCGACGGCCAGCUAGAAGACCAAACAGUGCUCGCGAAGCAGGUCUUGGCCUGGAUUACGCUUGCGAAGAGACCGCUCACUCCGCUAGAGCUUCAGAAUGCACUCGCAGUAGAGUUUGGUACUUCCGAGCUGGAUACGGAGAACUUGCCCCAGAUCGAGGACAUGAUAUCUGUCUGUGCUGGAUUGGUGACAAUUGACGAGGAAAGUCGCAUCAUCCGCUUGGUCCACUACACGACGCAAGAAUACUUUGAGCGGCCUGGAACACAACAGCGCUGGUUUCCAGAUGCCCAAGCUGAGAUCACAACCGUUUGUGUCACUUAUCUAUCAUACAACGCCUUCGAAUCCGGAUUCUGCAAAAGCGAUGAUGCAUUUGAAAAGCGGUUGCUAUUAAAUCCGUUUUACGACUACGCAGCACAUCACUGGGGAAGCCAUGCUCGUGAAGCGGCGACUCUACCUGAAGGGGUAAUGGAAUUCUUAACGGAUGUAGCAAAGGUCGAGGCAUCAAGUCAGACAUUACUGGCUUCUUCCAUGAGACAGUGGGGCCCAUCUUACAAGUACAGCCAAAGAGUUCCACAACAAGUAGUGGGACUUCAUUUAGCAGCAUAUUUCGGCGUUCAAGAAGCAGGGCAUAUCCUUCUUCAAGCCUCAAAAAACGUAGAUGUGUGUGAUAGCUACAGCCGGACGCCGCUGUCGUGGGCUGCCGACAGCGGACACGAGGCUGUCGUGCGGCUGCUUCUUGACAGAGGCGCAGAGAUCGAGGCUAAGGACAGUGACGGCCGGACGCCGCUGUUGUGGGCUGCUGACAGUAGAGAUGAGGCUGUCAUACAGCUACUUCUCGACAGAGGUGCAGAUAUCGAGGCUAAGGACAUUGACGGCUGGACGCCGCUAUUGUGGGCUGCUGACAGUGGAGAUGAGGCUGUCAUACGGCUGCUUCUUAAUAGAGGUGCAGAUAUUGAGGCUAAGGACAGUAUUAGCUGGACGCCACUAUUACAGGCUACUAACAAUAGAAACAAGGCUGUCAUGCAGCUACUUCUCGACAGAGGCGCAGAUAUCGAGGCUAAGGACAGUGACGGCUGGACACCACUGUGGCAGGCUGCCUACCGCAGACAUGAGGCUGUCAUGCAGCUACUUCUCGACAGAGGCGCAGAUGUCGAGGCUAAGGACAGUGACGGCUGGACACCGCUAUUGUGGGCUGCCAGCAGAGGACACGAGGCUGUCGUGCAGCUACUUCUCGACAGAGGCGCAGAUAUCGAGGCUAAGGACAGUUGUGGCCGGACCCUACUCCAGUUAGCUGUUUUCAAUGGCCAUGAUAUCGCUGAAGAGAUACUAGUCUCGAGGGGAGCAUGUAUCGAAGAUUUUUAUGGUCUCCGAGGACUGUUCUCAGCGAGCAUUUGA